GGUUAUGCAUCUGCAUACAACAUGACAGCUUCGAUAUGCUGUCGAGGUUCAGCGGCUGAAAAGGGUAAUGGUUAUGCGAUUCUGCAUACAGUAUGAUGCCUGGAAUGCUGUCCAGAUGCAGUCGAUGAUCUUCACAACAAAAGAGGGUUCUUUUGGGAUAAUCGCUGCCUUUACACGAAGAGCUGUCACCCUUAUGAGCAAGUGGAUGGUGCUCUUGGCUUCGCUAGGUAUGUUAACGCAAGGAGGGGCACAUGGCACUGAUGAUAAGGAAAAUGUGCCGGGCUUGUCAACCAAUCCCUGACUUUGUGUGUUAAGCUGGUAUGUUUGGUGACUCAAAUGUCAAAGUCUUUUGGAUGGGGCAAUUUCGGAUCGGUACUACCUAUAAGGUUUUCUCCAUAUCGCGGCCUAUCAGUGGCAAAAGUUCGUGAAUCUAGGUUUGGCGUUCUGCGCUCUUUGAUCGAUGCAUGCCGGAUUGGUUCAUGUGAGUCGAUGCCACUUCGAUUGGGAAGGUCUGCGGAGAGGUGGGGUCCUUGUCCUCGGAAUCGAGGUGGGCAAGGAGAUGUACACAAGUUUUGCAGAGUGCAGACGUGCACUUUGAAAGUUCUGCCGACAAGCGGUGAUAACCCGUGCAGCGAUGAGUUUGCGACACCAUGUCGCUUGUCAUCAUCCUUUUAAAGUCGACGAGUCAAAAAAAAACAAUCUGCCUUGGCUAGCAUGUGGGGGUUUCAUUAUCCGGACUGUGUCGCCUGAUGAAUUGAAUGCUGCAGGGGCAGCUGUGGGUACAGCCGCUCUACGCAGGGGGAUUGAGGUGAACUUGGCAGUAGAUCAGGUUCAGUUACCUUUGGCAGGAAGUACUUCCAUGAUGCUUUCAGUGUCAAGUGCUUGGAGGCAGACCUUCUGGGCAUGACAUGUGAUGAGCGAGCGGGCAAGUCGUCAAGAACCGUUAAGUCGCCGGCGGCCUGAUCGCCGAUGGGGGAAGCCAUUUUAUGUUGUGGGGUUGCAGCGACGACAGACCUUCUGGCCAUGACAUAUGAUGAAUGGACAAAAAAGUCGUCAAGAAACGGUAAGACAUCGGUGGGCCCAAACGGCAGCCAAUUAUUGCUGCGGGGUUGGAGUGAUAUCAGCGCCAAGCACAUCCACUCUUCUCUGACAAAAUUUCUUGAUGCAAAUAGUUUUUGGUGUGAGAGGAGUAUCCUUUCUGCCACUGCAUAGGCUUCUUUCUUCUGGAAAGAACCUAAGAUGAAAGGUGUUGGAGCUGUAUUAUGUGCCGCCGCAUGGAAUGACACAAGCCCGAAUCCACAGCAGCUGGACAAACGUAGAGUCCUGGCGGAGGGGUUGGUGGAUGGUAUUUGCAGACGAAAAGGUUCUUCGUGGUUGGAUGGUGCAGGCGUAGACGUAGAUGUGUUACAGGCCGCACACGGAAUCUAUGCUGAUGUUGAAGUGACUGGCUGGAAGCGAAAGAGAUGAUGGAUAUGAUCUGUGGUGGGUGAAGAGGGGGGAGGGGGUUGCAGGGGCAUACGGGCAUUACGACGUUUUCUUCUAAGCUCUGGACGGCGUGAUUGCCGUCAUAUUCGUCCGGAAAUUAUGCCCAUAAUUGCAGUCAGGUACGUUUAGGAAAGUCCGACGACUGAGAGUAUGCCCUAAGGGUGGUUGACUGGUCACAAGGGUUUGACAUGGGACCACCAUCGUUGCAUUCUGGUCGGAUAAGCGAGAUGCAUCUGGUUGUGAUGAUGUACACAGAAAGAUGGGACAGUCGGAAUUUGCAGUGAGGCUGGGAAUGCGCAAAUGCGCGCGUGUGAAUGAACACAUGGCGAUUGGACUGGCAGCAGCCAUGGGCAUACUGUCGCUCCGAGAGUAGCAGAGCAGUGGCGCCUGAACGGGGAGGAUGUAUCAUUAAUGUUUGAUUACUGGAAGCUCGCCGGGCGAAUGAGCUGCUGGCUGUUUUCAGCUGAUUAUCGGUGGAGAAAAGGCCGGGCAAUGGGAAAGGUGGUUGGCUUUUAUGCCGAAAACAAUCGGCGAGCAAUGUUUGCAGGUGCUGGCUGCAUCCGGAAGUUGCUUUUGUCAGUUAUGAUAUCGACUUUCGUGCGGGAGCGGAGUAAGCUGAAUUUAAAUGGAAGAAAAUAUCCUUGUAUCAACUGCUUGUUUGUGAAGGGGGAGGGAGGGGAUUCUCCUCGCUCUUCUCCAAAUUAUGGAAAAGAUAACGAGAACGGAUCUCGGACACAUGAUUUCCCACAGGGUAUUCUCUCUCGCUCGUCUCCAAAUUACAGAAAAGAUCACGAGAACGGACACACGAUUUCACGUUGGGUAUAGGUUUGGCCGUGCCUAUGUCUGGCAUGCAGAUGACACCAUUCAUGCUCCAGGGUAGAUCCAUCAGUCUGGUAUUGUGCCUACUGCUUGCUUGGCUGCUGAGUUCGACAAAAGAUUCAUGUGUUUCUCCUCCGGCUGUUGGCUGUAGAGGGUAGCAGGCAAACUUCCUGAUCGGUUAGCGCGAAGUUUUUAGCCCCCAGACGCUAAAAGCAUUUGCUUCGGUCAAGGGGGGGGGGGGGGGGGGGGGACGCUGUUCAGAGAAAAAGUGCCCUCUUUUUCAAGAGGUGCCCUCGCUUUUCCGAGAUUGAGUUGGCGACAUGUUUUAAACACAGUGUCCUGAAAAGUCAUGCCACAGCAAUGCGAAGGUUUUGUGAAGGUUUUGUGAAGGUUUUGCGAACUUUCGACUGUCCUGAUGACACAACGAGAUAGAUGCAUUUGGUGCAUCACAUCAUCAUCGUUAAUUGGUUUUGUGAACGCUUUGUGAAGGUUCUGUGAAGGUUCUGUGAAGGUUCUGUGAAGGUUCUGUGUUCGUGAAUGUUCGACUUUCCUCGACCACUUCCAGCAAUCUGUUCAGCACCCGGGGUGCAAAGCACCUCUUCUUGAAUGGAAAAGGGAAGCGUCUAUUCCUAAACGGGAAAGGGACGCAUCUGUUCCAGAACAGGAAAGGGAUGCGGAAUAUAUUGCACACUGAUGAAUCACUGUAUCCAUCCCUCAGUGGAUGUGCAUGCAGCUCAGCUCAGCUCUGGAAGGAACGUUGAUGAUAUUUCUGUGUGUUAGGGAGGGCAUGUUGGACGUGUGUUUUCUCUCCGUGACUGGAGGCAGCACAACAGGCUCUAUUCCUAAACGGGAAAGGGACGCAUCUGUUCCAGAACAGGAAAGGGAUGCGGAAUAUAUUGCACACUGAUGACUCACUCUAUCUAUCCCUCAGUGGAUGCGCAUGCAGCUCAGCUCAGCUCUGGAGGGAACGUCGAUGAUAUUUUUGUGUGUUAGGCAAGGCAUGUUGGACGUGUGUUUUCUCUCCGUGACUGGAGGCAGCACAACAGGCUUUUGUACAUAGCGGAUUCUGGGUCCCUCAGGAAAUGGUUCACAGCAUUUCAAGUUGACGGUGCCUUGGGUCAGAGAUCGUUUCUGCAUGAAAAAGGUGGUAGGGGAUUGCAUGUGCUGCAGACUCUUGCACUCCAGAUUGAGGAGCAUGUGUGGCGAGCGUCAACGUUUCUGAGAGCUGGUUUGGUGUUUAAGAUUCGCUGCUUCCAGGGGAAGCGCAUUUGUGAUGUAGAGAUGAUGGUGCCAUACAGAGGGGUAUAACUUCCAAGUGGCGGUUUUCUCUUUGUCUCUGAAGAGCAGUGAUUGGAUGGAAAAGAAGUCAAAUUUGUUCUAAGAGGCCUGGAGGAUAUACCUCCCAAGCAGCAGUUUUUUUAUCCUCUCUCCAAGGAGGAGCUGUAAUUGGAAAAUGAGUCAACCUGGUCUAUCCCUAUUUCUCUGUCUGGGAGAUGUUGAUCCUCACAGAGUAUUUGUGAAACAGACAUGGAGGGAUGCAGCUGGUGGCGGAGAGUCGGAGACGACUUUCUACGCGGGAAUGGGGGUUAUCUUUAUUGAAGUUUAUUCUCUCUUUCAUGUCAGUCGACUCUUACCAGGGGGUGUUAUUUAAUACCAUUCACGGCUAGGAACACUGAUAACAGCUUUCGUCAAUAUGCUGUUUCGAAAGCAACCGAGUCUUGCCACGAAGUCCUGAAAACGGUUGUGGCCUCAACAGGGAAAUUACAGAGAAGGUGGUGGCCUUAACAGGGAAAUGACAGAGAAGGUAGUGGCCUAAACAGGGAACUGGCAUAGAUGGACUUGCACUACAAGUCCCUCUUUUAUAUUUACGAAAUCCGAGUUUAAAGCAGUGGUGUAACAAGAACCGACACUGUCCGUCAAGCUGCAAUGCCGACUCGAAUCUUUCUAGAAUCGUGCCACGAGCAAAUUUUGAGUGAGGGAAAAGGACUCGAAGGUGCAGAUCUUGAAGGACUGUGAGUCUGCAGCACCAUGCAACUGAUUCCUUCUUCGGAAAGAGAGGUGCUUAGGUUCUUGUGUGUGUGCACGGGAGGGGGGCAGUGGGAAGGGGUGGGGAGGGAAAGGGGGGGGGAGGGGGGGAGGAAAGGUAAGGGUAAGGCGCGUGUGAAAGGUAGGUCUGGAAUGCAUGUCACCUCUACCUACCCCCCUUCUCUGCAUUCUUGUUGGGUUACGACGCCGAUUAUGAGGCAGACACAUGUCGUCAGGUUAAUCCGUAUUGCAGUUAUGAAUAUGAGGUGUGUGGUGUGAAUGUGGUGAGGUUUGUACUCUAUGCCUGCUGCAGCUUGAGUAUGGUGGUGAAUUACACUUCAUGCCUGCAGCAUGAAGACGGUGAACGGUACUGCAUGCCUGCAGCUUAAUGUGUGAGCUAGUUGUUUCGCCGUGUUCUGGCCAAUUCUCAUGGCAUAGACUGCUUGCUGGGUCAUUGUAAAGAUACAUAGACAAUUCGGCCGGCUUUGGAUGAUGGAAGCGGUGUGAACACGAACAGACAGAAGAACAGUGUAACGAGGAAAUGGAGUGGAAGCCAAGGGGAAGAGGCAUGGGGCGGGAGCGCGGGCGCGGGGGAGGGGGCGGAGGUGGGGGCGGGCGGGGAUGAAAGAAAUGGUCGGUGGGGUAAUAGGGGGGGCCAAUAGGUUUAGACUCUAGAGAGUAGAGUUUCCAGGAGAGUUUAAGAAGGUAGGGGCGAAGUAACAAGUUACUUGGCUUGUGAGCAUAGAACUUUUUGACGGAGGAGUGGGUAUGAGACGAAGUUCGAAGGGGGGGGGGGGGAAGAAGGGGUGUAAUUUUUCCCAUAGCAAUAAGGAAUUUCAGCAUGCUUGUUGUGUCGGACUGCUGCUAGCUUCCCCCAAGAAAACAAAUGGUGUCCGUCAUGUGAAACAGGACCUUUUGUGGCAACAAGUGUUUCCACAUUCGCACACUUGUCAGCAUAUAGAUUGAGUCGUGGUUUUACUGCUUAGAUAGAACGGCUGGAUAUCACUUUGGCCAAACUCCGGAGACUUUGCGAAGGAGGCCGUGCGAAUUUCUUAGAGUUAUUCGGGCUACCGUAAGGUUGUUGGUGUGAUAUUCCUUAGGCAAGUGUUGACGUAGAGGGGCUCGAUGGUGGAGGACAGGGACCGAAUGUGGAGGACGGAGACAUGCAGAUCUACAGUCUUCACCCAAGUAGAACGUCCGGUCGUUAUUGCUGCAUCUGGUCUGAAAGUUGCCCCAAACAUGGAUAUUCUAAUGGUCAGGCGUUCUACUUGUGUGAAGAUGGUAGUCAUUGUUUCCUUCAGGAGGGGACCACGGAAAUGUGCAUUACUGAGCAGGAUUGAGUUGAGAGGGCCCAUUCGAGGAGAGAUCGCAUUCGAAGACAGGUCCCAUUUGGGGUGAGGUUCCAAUCGGGGGCAGUGGAGUAGGGCGGGUUGGGACGGAGGGAGGGAUCACGGUGUCUGUCCAGGCAAUCAAUGAAUGAGCUGGGGUUGUUGUAGGGUGGGAGAUAUCGGAGGGGAGCUACCGUUGAUGUCACUAAUUUGAGGGCUGCGCUGCGCGAGUCAUAUGUAUAUGAUGACAUGCCCCAAUUGGAGGGGAGCAAUUUGCUGCAAAGUCUGAUUAUUGGGAUCAUUGGGUAGGUUUAGUGAAACAAACAUCUUCUUGCCUCUUUAACUUUUUUCUAAGCUUGAACAGAAAAUGAAAGUGCAACAGAAAGAAGGAAGGCAGGCAGGCAGGCAGGCAGGCAGACAGGCAACAAUUUAUGUUGGUUAAUAGAGGUUAUGGAGAGCCAGAAGGGGAAACACUUAUGGUUUUGAGUUGAGAGAGGAGGCUGAGGCAGGCUUGUCCUUCAUCCCCACAAGCUUUGUGUGAGUUUGUGAGUUUCUCCCUGCUGUAAUCAAUUAUAACAUAUAAG